UUUCACUCUGAAAACGAACCCAGAGUUGGACAAUAUGUAGCGCAGAUAUCAAACUGACUAUGAGGACAGCAAGUAAUUAGAAAAGCAAGUAGUUGAACAUGUAUUUUGAAGACUGGUGCCGUUUCUGUUGCUAAACAUUUUGAAUAGCCUAACGUCCUCACGGGAAAAAGCGGUAAAACCGUCUGGAAAAGAGUGCGCGAGGCAGGCAUAUAUUUUUCAAGCUUUGGAGUCGCUGAGCGGAUUCACGUCUCGGAUCCAGUUGGCUGAAGGCCGAGAGCGUCACCAUCUGUCAUCCGCUUGAGCUCCGCGUUCGCCGGCUGUAUGUGGAGACAAGUGUACUAUACGCCGCGAGACCUACAGCGCGGGAGGGACGCCAGAUAGAGCCGGGAGUUGCCCAUCGGACACGCACCCCACGCUUCUCUCCCAGACAGAGUCGACACCGGUUACGCGCGACUUUCUCUCCAGCUGUUGAUGGGAUACUAGACCAUGGCGGUUUCAUACCUGUGCGCGUUGCAUCUGCUUCUCUAUCUCGGAACCCGUACAGGCGCGUUGGUGGACUCGUCGACGCCGCCCGGAGAGACACACGGGUCACCCAGCGAACGCGCCUUGGACCGCGCCGCGUUUGAAAGGGACGCGCAGGAUGUGGUCACCAUAAAUAUGUACAAAACCUAUGACAAAUAUACCAAGGAGCCCAGCGAACGGGACGGGAAUACCGUGAGGAGCUUCAGAGCUCUCCCGGUGUCCAACAACAGGCUCUUGUUCCAGUUUAACCUGACCUCCAUCCCAGAGUCAGAGGUCGUUGUCGCAGCAACGCUGCACUUCCUGGAGCCGCCGCGCUCACAGCCCAGGUCCUGGAGCUGUCGUCGCCCGCGCGGGCCGUCGUGUCGUCCGGCGGCGGCCUCGUCUCCCGGGCGGCUGGUGCUGAGGGGAGGAGGAGCGUCCGUCCCGCUGACCCCCGGCGUCCGCCUCGCGUCGCUCCCGCUGCCGUCCCACCCUCACCACCGCGGCGGCUGGCUGCAGCGCAACGUCUCCGCUCCCGUCACGCAGGCCCACGCCGCCGGACACGUGCUGCUGACCACCGAGUUCCAGCUCCAGCAGCGGCGAGCGGACCGGACCCUGGGGGAGGAGUCAGGGGCGGAGUCGGGGGCGGGGCCUGAGCCGCCGUAUCUGCUGGUGUACACCGACGACCGGACCAUCGGCGAGCCCAACAGCGUUGCCGUCACCCUGCAGCGUUACGGCCCGUUCCCCGGCAACGCCGAUGACCCGCACACUCACCACCGGCCCAGACGCGCCGCCGUGGAACACCUGCAGAACAACCUGCUGCCCGAUGUCCACCACACGGAACCCAAAAGCAGGGAACUCUGGGAAAACACCUACUUCCCUCUCAAGGCCAAACCGCCCCCUCCACACACGCCACACACACGCUCACACACACCAGCCCUCGGCCCCGAGGCGCCACACACACGCUCACACACACCAGCCCUCGGCCCCGAGGUGCCACACACACGCUCACACACACCAGCCCUUGGCCCCGAGGCGCCACACAUACGCGCGGGCGGAGAGGGGGGUCCACGGGAGGGCUGGGGGGGGGCUCGGGAGCUGCAGUUCGACGAGCGCACCAUGAAGAAGGCCCGGCGGAGGCAGUGGACCGAGUCGCGCGCCUGCUCCCGCCGCUACCUCAGGGUGGACUUCGCCGACAUCGGCUGGAGCGACUGGGUGCUCGCCCCCAAGGCCUUCGAGGCGUUCUACUGCGCCGGGACCUGCCGCUUCCCCAUCCCCAAGGUGGUCCGCCCCUCCAAUCACGCCACCAUCCAGAGCAUCGUCCGUGCCGUCGGAAUCAUUCCUGGUAUUCCAGAACCUUGCUGCGUUCCGGAUAAGAUGAGCUCGCUACCGGUGCUCUACUUGGAUCCAGAGCGGAACCUGGUUCUGAAGGUUUACCCAGGGAUGUCUGUGGAGACCUGCGCCUGUCGGUGAGCUGCAGAACCAGACCGGAGAACUGCAGGAGAACAGAUAGAACUCUCAGUAGAACUGACAGAACUCACCACAGAACAGAUGGAACUUACCGCAGAACAGACGGAACUCACUGCAGAACUCACAGAACAGACAGAAGUCACGUCAGAACUGGCAGAAUUCACCGCAGAACCAGCAGAACUCACCGCAGAACCAGCAGAACUCACCGCAAAGCUGGAAAAGACUUCAACUCCCCAAAAGACUACAGGGACCCACUCAAGUUCAUGACAAAGGGAAAAGCAGUCUGUCUCACACACACACACACACACACCUGCUCAAGCUAAUGAGAAAAGAACGUCAGUCCACACAGACAGAAUAUGGAGGAGGGAAAAGCCUACUGAACUACUGAAGUUGUUGUCACUUUGUUAAGCUUCAGAUUGACUCCAUCUCACAUGCAGAGACACACGAAUGCACUCUCACACAGUAACACACACACACAAACACACACACACACACACACACACACACACACACACACUGUGCAGUGUUAAGCUUCAGAUUGACUCUUUUUUCUGCUGACCAGAGGGAUGAUCCACAGAGAGUUUGGACACUACGGGAUCGGAACUGUGUAGUCCGUGCAGACUAGCUUCUCUUCACACACACACACACACCCAGAGGUGGAGCCCACAUAUGUACGUGUGGAUAUCAAGUCAUAGACAUAUUUUCCUGGCAGAAGUAUUUUUGUAAAUAAAUGAUCUGUAACUAAACUAACUCCGUGGAGUGCACCUGCUAGUUAGUUUGUGAGAGAGUGUCCACUGUAGUGAUAUGAAAGCUAUAUAGUUUGAGAGAGUGUCCACUGUAGUGAUAUGAAAGCUAUAUAGUUUGAGAGAGUGUCCACUGUAGUGAUAUGAAAGCUAUAUAGUUUGAGAGAGUGUCCACUGUAGUGAUAUGAAAGCUAUAUAGUUUGAGAGAGUGUCCACUGUUGUGUUAAUGAAAGCUAUAUAGUUUGAGAGAGUGUCCACUGUUGUGUUAAUGAAAGCUAUAUGCCAUGGAAUCCACACAAAAACAAGCUAGUGCUGCCACCUGCUGGCCGAUAGGUGGAAGAGAUGGGGAUUGCCUGCAGCAGGAUGUGUCCACUCGGGCGCCCGGGAGCUCACCUCCUCAUCACUCCUUCGCUCUCUGGGCCAGAGGACAGGGGCAGUCGCUGUGUUCGGUUAUUCAAUCAGUUUUAUGAUUACUGCAUUUCUAUAUAUAUGUUAGUAUUGUACUGUACAUAACCCUAACCCGUAUGCAUUUCUAUAUAUAUUAGUAUUGUACUGUACAUAACCCUAACCCGUAUGCAUUUCUAUAUAUAUUAGUAUUGUACUGUACAUAACCCUAACCCGUAUGCAUUUCUAUAUAUAUGAGUAUUCAGUGUACAUAACCCUAACCCAUAUGCAUGCAGUGUAAUGUAUUCACCAUGUACCAUAUUUGCUUUGCAGAUUUUUUUCUUUAGCUUAAAUACUUUUAGUUUCCGUGUAGCAGCGGUUUGGAUCAUACAUACGUAUAUGUGGAUAUGCGGUACUCUAAUAUUUAAAAGAUAAAUAGAAACUGAGACUUUAACCCGUGAACUGUUGCACUGGUCAUCUGGCCUGACGCCUCCCUCAGGCCGUCUGAGCAGGUGGACCUCUCCUCUCUUCUCCACUUUUGUUUGUUUGCUUUUAGUUUGUUAGUUCAGUAAUGACACAAUAAAUAACUUACUAAAGACA